AUGUCAUCCUUCACCUCCCUUCUGACUGUGUCCAUCGACUGGUUGAUCCAGGUUAGGUAUGCGAAUGGUGGCAAGGAUGGUCUUACCAAGUUGUCUCAAGCUUUGAAAAAGUUGAUUGAGGAGGCUAUUGAGAAGGCUUAUACUUCUCUAAACAAGCAAUACCCUCUCGCUAAACCUCCUUCUAAAGUCGCCUCGUCUGCCGCCUCGGCUCCUCCUGCUAAGUCUACUGAGUCUACUAUUCCCGUGAAAAAAAGUUUUGAAGAGAUUAAAAAAGACAUUGAAAAUGAAGUUAAAUCAUUGCCUAAUGAAAUUAAUAAGCUUCAAAUUAAUCCUCUAACUGAAGAAGAAAAUAAGCGUUUAUCUGACUGUCAGUCCAAGUUGUCUGCUUUGCAGACUGUGCAUAAGCUUGCUGAAUUUGCUGAUCAACUUGACACUAGUAAAAACAACUCUCCUAAUUUACUUACUAAUUUAUGUGACGGCCUUCAGACUUUUCUUGGUUACGAUAAAGACUCCAAAGGCUACGACGGCUCUGGGAUUGUGUACUCUGACUUGGAUAGGCUGUGUGACGGGGUGAUGGCGUUUUUGUAUCAGGUGCUUAAAGAUGUCAGCGAGAAACAGCCUUACAGUGUGGGUAAAGAGGAACUAAAAAAACUUGUUAGUGACCUUAAAACUAAAUUAUCCACCGGGCGUGAGGGUUUUAAGUUCAUUGAGACGGUGGCGGAGAGGGUGAGGGAGUAUAAUGAGAGAGUAGCAACGUCGAAUGACUAUGUCAAAAACAAAAUUAAAGAGAUGCAUAAUCACGUUGACAAGACUUUAACAGAUAAGUUAAGAUCCAUAUUACUUAAUGAUGAUUCAGAUCUGCGGAAGGCAUUGACACAAGAGCAAGUUCAGAAGGUGGAGCAAGCUGUGACGGACGCCGAUCGAUUAGUUAAGGACUACGCAACAAAAGGUACGGACUUCAUAAACGGCUUCCGUGAAAAGAAAGUGUUCAGUUACCGAAAGGGUACGACGUACGAAUAUAGAGACGAAUUUAAGGACUUGAAUCCUGACGUACAACAGAAAAUUAAUAAUGCUAUACAAAACAUUUCAUAUGAAGCUACACGGCUUGGUGCACUCUCUGCCAAGGAACAGAAACACCUAGAGCAGAUGACAGCGAAGAUCAAGGAUACGUUUACUUCGCUUAACAGGUGCGUGAAUGAUAAAAUUGGCACAGACGUUACUGCGCUUGUUAAUAAGGUGAAUAAACAAGUUGAAGCUAUUUUGAAGGUGCUAAAUAGCAUCCAUGAUAAGCUUUGGCAAUGCGUAAAACAAUUAGAAACGUGGAUUAAGGAUGCAGAAAGAAUUGUGGACGGUGCAAUAACCAAUGUGAAUCCAAUUGUAGAUAAGGGUGUCGGAUUUCGCAACGAAAUAGCACUUGAAGAUAGUGCUAAUCAAUUGAAAGACAAAGGUUUAGACCUUUACGGGAAAUUUAACGUUGCAACGCAAGAGGUUGAAAAUCUUGUCAAAACGGCGCUGGGGGAGGUAAAAAAGAUGGACGAGGCGCUUAAAGGGGAUUUGUGGAAGGUGAAGGAAAGAAUUAGAGAUGCUAUUUGGAAACAUGUCAAUGCCGAUCUGGAAAUUCAUAAUUUGGAUGAUAAAGUAGAGAAAGAUUUAGUAACGUUGAAAGGAAAGAUUGAGGUUGAGAUGAAAUCGUAUAUUCAGUCGUUAAGAAUUAAAAUUAAGCAUGAAGUUGAGCAGAUUCUUAAUGGUGGAAUGGAUACGCAAAAAGGUUUAAAAGGAAUUACGAGUGCGGUUAAACAUAGAUUUGCCGAUGCGUUCAAAAAAGGAGAGAAUGAUGGUUUCGGGCAAACAGUAAAAGGAUGGAUUAAAGGAAUUUUAGAUGAGGACGCCGUGAUUAAAAGCUUGAUGCAAAGAUACGUAAAGCCGGCAGAUAGAACUAAUGGAGAUAUAAAUAGAUUUUAUUCGACAAAAACAGAUGAAAUAGCAGGCGCAAUUUCUACGCAUAUUAUGAAACAUGUUGGCAACGAAAUUGCGACAGUGCAGUCCGCCAUUGAUAAAGUCGAACCGUCAUCCGGCAAUUCAACCAUUAAGAAAUAUGUUGAGGCCAUCAAGGGCGUUUGCGAAGAUUUUGCCAAAAAAUUCAGAAAUGCAAUAGGUUCGACCAUUACAGCCGAUAAUAUUGCGCAAACAAUUCGGAAUGUGUUAACGAAUGAUUUGUCAUCCGAUUCCAAUAUCUAUGAUUUACAAGAGGCAGUCAUGUUUAUUUUCCCCGCACUCCAUUCCGCCGCUGAUCAGACUGCGAAACAGCUUGAUUCUUUGCUGCUUCAAAACAAAGUUGGAAAAAUCAUCGAUAGCUCAAAGAAUUCAAGUAUUGCGGGAGAGAUGGAUGGUAUUUACGGAAAGGUCAAGCGUCUUUAUGACGAGCUCGGACAAACGGUUGAAAAAGCCACUGGUAUGAAAAUUAAUUCGACCGUUGAAAAGGACAUUAUGGAUGGGAUCGGAAAACAUAUCCCUGGUACAUCGGGUACCAUUGCUACGAAGCUUGGUCCAGAACUAAUGCCCACUUUUAAAGAAGCCCAGGCUAAGGUUGAGGAGAAACUCAUAAAAGAUAAUCUUGGUAAAAUUAUCGAUGGAGAAAUCGGAGAGGACGAUAAGAAAAGUGGCACGGAAAAACUAUCAAAUAGAAUCAUCUUAUCCGAUGUUAUUGACAAAUUCACGGGUUACAAAAAAUAUGUAACGCAAGACAAGGUUAAACUGUUGUCGCUUACCGGCACUAUAGAAGCAAGGGAAGGAUCACUUCCAGAAGCAAUUGGCGCAAUUAGGGAUAAAGCGAAUGGUGACUUCGAGGCCGCAAAAAAAGAUUCGAAAGAAGCAAAGGCAUUCCACGAAUGGCACAGCGCCGUCAAACAGAACUUGAAAGCGUUAUCGGAUGCAUUCUCUAAGAAAGGUAUGGAAGUGAAAACCGCUUUGCAAAAACUUAAGGAUGAGAAGAUCGGCAAACAGCUACACGGCGUCUCAGUUAGAAGCGGCACACUUCAGAAAAUUUACAACGAUAUGGUAACUAUACUUCGCGAACAUUUCGACCCCGUCAUAAAGUCCACCACCAAACUCAUGAGAGUAGAUGCCGACCGAUUCAAACACGAAUGCACUCAGUCACUCACACAACAUGUCAACACUGAAUCUCAACAAGCAAUGGACAAACUCAUUAAUCAAGCGAGAAAGCUGUGCAUAUCGUCAAUGAAGUCUUCCCUCGAACAAUUUUCGGGGAAGGUCACCGAGGAGCUGAAGCCCCUGCCCACCCUCAUCGACACCGACAGGCGGCACGGCUUUAAGGGUUUUAUGCGGACGUUGGAAGGGACGAUUGGAGAUGAUGGUGGGACGACGGACGAGAAUAUUGCGAGACUCAAGGGUCUCGUAGGUCAGCUGUCAGGGCAUGUGAAACAUAAGGACACGUUCCAAAAUCUGUCGCAGAAAUUCAAACAGUUCUGGCAUCCACUCCACGACUACCUCAAAGAAGAGACCAAAAGAGUUCACGCAGCGAAUAACGAGAAAAUUAAUCCCAAGCCGUCCGGAGAGGAACAGCUCUACACUUCCAAACUCGACGCUGCACAUUCCGCACUCAACAAACUACUCGAUCACAUUAGUAAUCACCGCUACAACCACGAAGUGCCCGCCAUGCUAGACAGUCUCUCCACUAAAGUCGAUGGUCUCCACCCCAAGACAUUCAAUGAACCGAGCACUCCCCUGCUUGACGGCGUUGGGGAGGGGCUGCGUGAGUUUGCGGCUGAACUAGGGAAGGCGUACAUAAACAGGUAUGAUGGUGGGAAAACAAUUAAAAGGUGGACACAUAGGGAAACCGGAGAUGUAGAAUUAACGGUCGGAGGCCGAAAUGGCGCAAAAAUAUUUCUGAGCCUGCUCGCCAUACUCUAUCACGAUUUGUUAAAAUUAAGAAGUGAGUGCAGGGGCUUGAGCGCACAUCAAAUCAACAAAUCAACGGACGUAGGUAGACUGUUUGCCGAACUAGGAUUCAAAGUUUCGGAAAAAAAUCAGCAGAACGGUGAAUUGCAUGACCACAGGAAUAAGAUAGGUGACUACGUAUUUAAGAGGAUUAUGUGGCCAAUGAAAAAGGCUGAUGAAAAUGAGCAUCUGAAGGGGUGUGAAUCGAAAAAGCACGAUAGAUAUAACAACUUCCACAUCUUCGACCUACUCAAUUGUAUAUACAGUCACUUUGAGCAGUACAACGAAGUCUGCCAUAUUGCUACUUCCUCAGCUAGGAGGCAGCCGUGCAGCGUCUAUGAAAUGCUUGUAUGGCUCACUGGUCUUCCAUACACUUCUGUAUACGGCACAAUGCGUGACAUAACUUUGUCGGAGUUUUUUGAAGAUUCAACUAAGCAGGUUGCCGCAGAAAUAGAGGGUAUUGAGAUGACACUCACGGACAUUGGUGCCGUACCCAUACAAGCUUGUCCACGUGACAUAACGUAUAACAAAGUAACGAAAGCAAUCACCCAUAUCUGCGCGAAAGCAUAUGAUGUUCUCGCAUCCAUAGCAGGUCACGGCGACGAAUACACGCUGUACGCCAGUGACUAUUGCAACAACUCUUUAGGUCUCAAAUAUCCUAGUUCUGGUCAGGAAUGUCUUGAUAUGCUUCUCGAUGUACUACGGAGAUGCUUGCCAGCACUCCGCUACAUUUUCUACAGAUGCAACGUAACCGCUGAGCACCACGGCUGGCGCAAUUGUGAGUACGGCAAGGAUGUGCCGACAAGCAAAUCGCAUUGCAGCAACAGUGCAACGGGCCAGGUAACGGGGCAACCAACGUGCGAAGCAAAGUGCCAACCAACUUCCCCGCUGAUGAGCUAUCUUAACGACUGCCUGCCUGGUCACUUACCGCAUAAUGUCAGCUCCAUAGGGUGCAGAUCGGUAUGCAGCAACUGUCCCUCCGCUGCGAAGCUUGGUAUGCCGUGUCUGACGCCCAUGGGAUUCCGCGGUUUCUCUGGCUCAACCAAAAGUGGCGCGGACCUAUGUGAGAUCAUUCGCGAAUUCUUAGGUAGUGGCCUGGUAGCAUCAUUGUUCUGCCUUGUACCUACUCCGCCGAAGACGCUGCCAGAACACUUCGGAUUUGCUUUGUCGCUUGUCAAUGGAUGGGUUAAUAUUACCAAUUUGACGCCCGAGAAACGAAGUGAAUUUAGCUUUCAAUCGUCAUUUGAAUCACGCAUACGUGAUGUCUCUCUUAUGUUAUAUCCCGAUUCCAAUAAGUUAAUAAAAACGUUGAUGAGAGCAUAUGGUUCACAGGCGGUUUUGCAUGAAUAUUGCAAGCAUCCUCAUCUUGUCAAUUUCACUAGCUCAGAUAUAUGUCGUUACGAUGUUGCAGAUGUAGCCUGCGCUCCUUAUCUUCAAUCGCUAUGCUCAGGUUCCUAUGAAUACAUGGCCAUCAAACACUGUGAACUGUACCUCACCUGGGCCAUAUACCUCUCAUGGGAUUUCUGGCGAUUGCUGAACAAUUUGUACAACGACUUCUGCAACAUAUUCUGUGCCGAUUGGGGUUGCCGCGGCUGCUUGAGAGGCGAUACGUGCAAGAAAGGAUCGCAUGGUCGUACUGACGAAAAAAGUGGGAACCCACGUUGCCAGUGUCCAUCAAUAGUGGAUUGUAAGGGCGUGUCACCGACGCUGUACCGAUAUGGAUUCAGUUUCUGUGACGCUGUCAAAUUGAAUGAUGAUAAAUAUAAAAAGAAGUGUUCCGAUUUCUGCAGUCAGUUAAACAAAAUGUUAACUUCACAAUAUUUCAAAGACCUCUUCAAAGAAUGCGACAACUUCAUUUGGACCAUCAGAGAACCGUUCACUUACAUGGUCCUAGCACUUUGGUCACUCUCCCUCUUCUACCUCAUCUGCGUGAUGGUUGGCAGACUGGAUGUGCUCCACAUACGCUCACACUUACGAUCACCGUCAUCGCACAAGAUAACGGCGCAAUCAUUGUUGGCGGCAGCGCAAGUCGGAAGGCUUGCCAAGAUAUCGUACCUGCAACCGUGA